GGGCUUGCGUCACUGAGGUGCGACCGGGUCACGGAGCAAGCAGCGGCCGCUUGGAGGUCUGAGCGGCUAGCGGAAACGGUGCUGGUUGCCGCCUGGUGGGCGAUGCCUUGAGCCUUGGAAACUAUGUGAAGCAACGCUCUUUCUGGAUUUCGAAAGACAUCAUUUCAUCAUGGGACAGCAAAUUUCGGAUCAGACACAGUUGGUUAUUAGCAAGUUACCAGAAAAAGUAGCAAAACACAUCACAUUGGUUCGGGAAAGUGGCUCCUUAACUUAUGAAGAAUUUCUUGGAAGAGUGGCUGAGCUUAAUGAUGUAACUGCUAAAGUGGCCUCUGGCCAGGAAAAACAUCUUCUCUUUGAGGUACAACCUGGAUCUGAUUCCUCUGCCUUUUGGAAAGUGGUUGUACGGGUGGUCUGUACCAAGAUUAACAAAAGCAGUGGAAUUGUGGAAGCAUCACGGAUCAUGAAUUUGUACCAGUUUAUUCAACUUUAUAAAGAUAUCACAACUCAAGCAGCAGGGGUAUUGGCACAAAGCUCCACCUCUGAAGAACCUGAUGAAAACUCAUCCUCUGUAACAUCUUGUCAGGCUAGUCUUUGGAUGGGAAGGGUAAAGCAGCUGACCGAUGAGGAGGAGUGUUGUAUCUGUAUGGAUGGGCGAGCUGACCUCAUCUUGCCUUGUGCUCACAGCUUUUGUCAGAAGUGUAUUGAUAAAUGGAGUGAUCGACACAGAAAUUGCCCUAUUUGUCGCCUACAGAUGACUGGAGCAAAUGAAUCUUGGGUGGUGUCAGAUGCCCCCACUGAAGAUGAUAUGGCUAACUAUAUUCUUAAUAUGGCUGAUGAGGCAGGCCAGCCCCACAGGCCAUAACCUUGGGGUGAACGUCUUCUGUUGCUAUUGUGGGCUACAGAUACUUUGGUCAUGGGGGAAGAAUGCAGGGUUAUUGUGGCACAGACAUAGAAAAGUCAAUUUUCCCCACCCUCUUAUUUUUUUCUAUUCUGACAAUUUGUCCUAUUUUUUAAAAUAAACUUUCCAUGUCUUCCAUUUAUGGUAAACUAAAAUUUGCUACUGUUUUAGACCAUAUUUUCAUAUUAUUUAUCUGUUCUAAUAUGUAUUAGAACUAAUUGCUCUUGAAUCUUUUGCUAAAGGUAACAGCAACAUUUCCAGAGGCUUCUGAAAUACUAUUGUUUUUCAGGGCAGGAGUAUUCUGGAAUCUUUUUAGUUAGGUUUAAAAUAAACCUUUAAUGUUAAAAAGUUGUAUCUGACAGAAAAUUUUAAAUGACUAAAAAUGUAGACUACAUCUAAAUACAUGUUACUACUAAAAACUAGUCUUUCUGCUGGAAUUUAAGGACUAUAUAUGCCCUCUUGUGGUUAAUUAUUGUUCCUUUAAUAAUUUUUACUUGAAAUGACCCACAAUUAUUUCAUAACUUUAGUUGUGUGUUUUGGAACUACUGUACAUGUUUUUUACUUAAGGUGUUUGGUUUUUUGUUUUGGUUUGUUUUUUGCCAUGCUGUACAAUUUGGGUGAGGUCUCUUAAGUUGGGUGUGACAUUGCCUUGCAAAUGGAUGUCUGCUGGGGAAUAUUCUUGGCUGUUCUGGAAAUGCUUUCCUACAACUGGGUAUCUACUGAAUGGUUUUGAUAAUGCUCACACAACUUAGAGUUUCUGAAGGAAAUUUUUCUGUAUCACAAAUACUAAAUUUUAUUUUUCCAAAUUAUGAUAAGUCAUUCAAUAUUGGUUUAUGGUGCUUUUAUUUUCUUAACUUCAAGGCAUCUUUCUGAGGUUUCAAAGUCCACAUAUUUCUUAGAUUAAGAGAGAAAUAGGGCGAGGCUUUUUCACUGUAUAUACAUAAAACAUCUCUGAAAAUUAAAAGAUAAUUUGGCUUUCUUACUAUUUCACUGUACUUCCUUUGAAGUAUUCUGAAAGCAUAUAGUAAUAAUGGAAUUGUGAUCUUUAGUAGCACCUCAACCAUUCUUUAUCAACUAAAAUUUUUAACAUAAACAUUUCAGCAUAUAACAAGAAUCUGUCUCCUUUAAAAAGUAUUUUAAUAUUCCAUGUAACUUUUCUGACCUAUAAUUAUUGAUAAGUUGCCAAUAUCACUAUUUUCCUAACCCAAGGUACUCUAUUUAAAUCACUGCUUAUUGAUGACAGAAUUUUUGGAUACUAAAAUUAUAAUAGGCAUGCAAAUAAAAUAAAAUGCAUUACAAGAAAAAACAUCUGCCUAAAGGUAGCUUGAUUUUACCCCCAAAAAGAAUACUGAAGACUAAUCCAUUGGCAUUGAUGGGGACAGCUGACUACCAAAUAGCCAAAUAUUCACUAUGAUGGAGGUUUAUGCAGAGUACUUGGAGUUCUGUCAUAUCAACCUGGCAAUACACUUGGUUAUAUGACUUUAAGAUAAAGUCUCUUACUCUUAUUUGUAGGUUCCUGCUUUAGAAACUGGGACUUUUUCUGUAGUUUUGACACUAUUUUAGCAGUGGAACCUUUUUUUCAAGUAAAAUCUUACACACAACCCUUACACACACAUGUGCAUACACAUAUCCUCUACCCCACUAUAUAAAAUUCAUGUUUUACUAAUAUAAAUUUCCUUAUGUAUUAUAUAAACUUUAUAUACUGUGGUAACUAAAUAUUAAGUAAACCAAUAAAAACACAUAUUAAUGCAUUGGU